AGUCUGACUCUGACGUGACUCUGACGGCUGACUGCAGCUGUCUGUGGACUGCAGUGAAAACGUGAAAAUCUGAGUGGUUUAUUCAUCAGUAGAAAAUCAACUUUACAAAUGCAAUAAAAAUAGACGCUAUUAUAAAACAUUCAGUUUAUUGUGGUACGUUAAGUUCCGCGGACGAUCGCGCAGUCGUAUUCAUUUUAAAUCACUACAUUGAUUCAAGUUGCUUUUCCAUUGACGUAAUUAUUUGUGCGCGAUUUCAACUUCAUUCGAAUUUCGAAUUCGAAUGCCUAAGUUGUAAGUUUCAAAGGUAAUUUUUCACUUCCGUAUAGGUUGUGGUUAAAAUAAAUACUUGAAUCUGGCACUGUAGCUAAUAAACCAUAGGAUGGCUGAAAUAAAAAUGAAUGGAAAUCAUAGAGAAGAUUUGCCCGCCGGUGUUCAAGUGGAAGAAAUCGAGAUACCGGUGCCAUGGGGUCACGUCUCCGGCCGAUGGUGGGGUCUUCGUAACAAGCAGCCUCUAAUAGCCAUCCACGGCUGGCAAGACAAUGCUGGCACUUGGGACAACCUCAUCCCUCUACUACCCGCAAACACUUCAGUUCUCUGUAUAGACUUACCCGGCCAUGGGCUAUCAUCGCCGUAUCCCCCAGGUAUGGUUUAUUACAUAUUCUGGGAUGGUAUUGUCCUAUUGAGGCGGAUAGCGAAGUAUUUCAAGUGGCAGAAAAUAUCUCUAAUGGGACACUCGCUAGGUGGAGCGUUAAGUUUCAUGUACGCAGCCUCAUUCCCUGACGAUGUAGACAGAAUUAUCUGCAUAGAUAUCGCCAGUCCGGCGGUUAGAGUGCCAGAGACUAUGGUUAAGAACACCGCAUCGAUUAUUGAUAAGAAUCUUGAAUAUGAGAACUUAUCGGACGAUAAAAUACCUUGCUACGAUUACGAGGAAAUGAUUGACAUAGUGUGUGACGCGUACAAGGGCUCAGUUUCAAGGGAGAAUUGUAAGGUUCUAAUGAAGAGGGGAAUGGCCCCAGCCCCGGCGCAUAUGAAGAAAAGGGGUUACUACUUCAAAAGGGAUCCUAGGCUCAAAGUUGCCGGCCUAGCGAUGAUGUCAAUAGAAACUGCUCUGGAAUACGCGAGCAAGGUUACUUGCAAAGUGUUGAAUAUAAGGGCUAUACCGGGACAAAAGUGGGAGAGGUUAGACUAUUAUUUGGAUGUAGUCGAGAAAUUAAAAAAAACAGCCAAAGUCCAAUACAUAGAAGUCGAAGGUACCCAUCACGUGCAGUUGAAUGCGCCUGAAAAUAUAGUCAACAUAGUCGAGGACUUUUUAGAAUUGUAUUAAAUAAGUAGAUAGUUGUAAGGGUUCCUACAAACGACAGACUGUCUGACAGUUUUAUUGAAUAGUGUCGCAGUGAAAUCUGGAUCAAAAGUACCACGCAUUUUCACAUGACUCAUCAAUCACAAGGACCUGUAUCGCACUCAUAGUCACAAACAAAAUUGUCUGUCAUUUUCUGAGGAAAACGAGCUUAGAUUUGGUAUAUAUCUUAUACUAAACUGUAAGUUUUUAUCCGUUUUUUACACCAUUCAACUACACAAAAAUUUAUCUUAACGGAGCUCUAUAACCAACGAACACGAUUACAACUAUUUAACAUCGAUUCUGUAGAGACAGCUUUUAUAGUCGCAUUAGAUCAUUGAUCACAUACUUUGACAGAAAAGAAACAUCGAGCGAGGCAGGUCCUAUACAAUAGUUGGUCUGAGCAUGAGUAUGAUAAACUUACGCACACUUACGAAUGAAUUUAAAGUGUCGCAUGGCAAAAACAUUGGUUUACACAAUACACUUACUUAAGUCAGCCGCUAAUCGUUAAUCAAAAUAGUUUCAGUCAACUUGCUGUCUAUAGGACAUAAUGUCUUUAAGCAUUAUCCGUCCGCUCGCUUAGUACGCUCAUAUGUAAAUGUUGACCUGUAAGGUUAAAAAUAAAAAAAACAGUAACAAAAUGUAACAAUAGAACACCGAGAAUAAGUAACUUCGCAUAGCAAGCGUAUAAAACGAACAAUAAGUUCGAUCGAAAACGGAAAUAAAUGUUUAUGGAUAAGUAAUAAUAAUCUCGUAAUGUUCUCUCACAGUUGGCAGCGUUACCUUAAGUAUGAAUCAUCCCUAUAGCGUUAUACACCAACUCAUUAUAAUAUUAUUUGGUUUUCAUAAUGUAGGUAUUAAUCACAGAUAAAUCAAUAAUAUGCAGAUGGAGCGUACGGAACACGACGGUGACGUAGCCGCUCCAAAUACAAAAUUCAAAAACGAAUACAUUCUCGAGUCAGUACGACACUAAGCGUCGCAUCAGUAAUUUUCAAUAUUAUUCAAGUUUUAUGAUUUUAAAUAUUCAAAAACUGUUUACAAAAACUAAAGUAAUAAGAUGGAGUAUUUUUUAUUGGUAAUUAUUGAUUAUUAUAUUAAUUUACGUAAUUGUUGUUAGUGUUAAAUUUUGAAAUACAAAUUAUGAAAAAAGUUGGUAUGUAGGUAGGUAUAUUUCAAGAAGACGCGUGAUGGGUUUUUAUGGGUUUCACCGGCUUUACCAUCCUGCUUGUAAAGACUCAUUCUGUAUGAUCUUUAUUCUGUGGUAUUAAUAAACUGUCGCACGAAAGUCUGUAGUCUGCGGGGGCUCUAAUAAUGUGAUAUUUAUUGUGAUGUAGCUAAGAGAGCACAAAUAAGUAACUCAACUAGUACGAAGGAUAGGUAAAUAAAGGCUGUGGCACACCUGACAAAGAGUUGCGAAGCAAUUUCAAUAAUAGUAGUUUGUCAGUAAUGCCAGCAACACACGAUCGAAGGACAACAGGCACCAAAAACUAUACCCAUGCCGUGCAUAUAUGCAUGCUUGCUGGAGUGUAAUUAAUAUAAUAAGGACUCUAGUUUACGUUAAUAAGGGAUAAUAAGAAAAUCGAACCUACCACUUCAAAUGCUAAUGUCGUUCAAAUAACUCAGUUUCAAGGGAGAAUUGUAAGGUUGAAAUUACUCAUUCCGAAAUGAUUCGAAUGAUAAAAUUAAAACACAAUCUCUAUUAGCAAUGGCCUGUAAAUGAAUACUCCCAUAGUAAAAAAUUAAAUAAAUUAUAUAAAAUAAUAAAAAAUGGGAUUCAUGUUGUACGCGAUUUUUAACAAAUCGGUUCAGAUUUUGCCCGUUGUCCUUUACCGACAACGUUCUUGUGGAUGUAAGCAGUAAAUAAUACAUUAUAGCGAAACAAUUUGCGUUGCAAACUGGACGGUUAACUUGAUCGUGUGUGGCUGGCAUUACAGACUCAACAGCAUACCUAACACGUGACUAAACCAUGUAAAGAGAAAUAGACAAAAGUCAACCAGUAGGGGUGCAACCGGAAAUAUUGAGUUCUACGUUGGGACGAAAAAGAUGGAACUGGGAAUUCUCCGCUGCCAUUGGUUGACAUUUUGUCUAUUUCUUUUCGCGAGUAGGUGUGCGUUUGCAAUAAGGGUUUUAAUGCUUUAAAGCUAUUAUGCAUAUAGCUUUAAUUAGCCAUGUUAAAUAGCACGUAUUGACGUAAUGCAGCUGUAACUUUAAUUUGUUAACUCUUUCCGCUAGUUGAGUAAUUAAUAGGUAAGUUGACUGCUUCGCUGGUAAUGCUAAAUACCCACCACCCGAUAACCGAUGCUUAUGAAAACCGUAGUAGGUAUGUAUGUUUUUUGGGCAUUUCAUUUUCCUAUUUUGUUAUAUUGUUCAUCAUCAUCAUCAUCUCCUUACCCUUAUCCCACUUAAGUGGGGUCGGAAAAAUAUGUCAAUCUUUUCCAUUCGUCUCUAUUACUCGUCAACUCAUCAUCCACUCCUUUUAUACACAUGUCCUCUUUCACACAAUCCAACCAUCACUUCUUUGGCCUUCCUCUCUUCUUUUGACCUUCCACUUGCACAUUCAACAUUUUUCUAGUAAUAUGACUUUCCUCUCUACGCAUUACAUGUCCAUACCAAGCUACUCUAUCUACUCCUCAAUUUUUCUGUCACUGGCGCCACCUUCUAAAUUGUUAUUAUUGAUUAAUGUUUUAUAUUUUAAUUAGUUAUUUCUUUAUUCUAUUUUGUGUUAUUUUUGUUGUAGUUUGUAAUUUUGUGUGUCUCUCCAGUAAUUUUGCCAGUGUGUUAGUAAUUAAUAUAUAGCUUGGGAAGACGAAUUGGGCAAUUGUAAUGUCUUCCUAGGUAUAGCGUAAGUAAAUGAAUAAAUAAAGCCCACAUGCCUGCAGCGCUAUUGGCGAUCCGAUGCGUAUGACAUCAUGUAGAUCGCGACCAACACACGAUCAGUUUUAUCGGAUGUCAAGCCAGCGCUGCAGGCAAGUGGGCUAAUAGGAUGGUGGGUGGCUAGCUUUAGGCAAUUUUAAUUUUUGUAACAUUUACAUAAAUAAUUUAAUUUAUAUGCUUUUGAAAAGCGUUAGGUAUAAUUUUGUAUUGACGGGUAAUAGAGGUUUUCAAUGGUUUAGCAGCUAGUUAUAUUAUAAGAUUAAGUUAAAUUUAUAAAAAUUUAAGCAUUUGAAGGUCGAGGUUCUAACCUUGGCGUGCAUUUUAAGUUUGCAAAGUUAUGCGUGUUUUGAGAGUUUAAAUAUUUGCUUCAAUAGUGAAGGAAAACAUUGUGAAUAAACCUUCACACCUGAGGAUUCUCCAUAAUGUUUUCGUGAUUUGUGAUGCCCACCAAUCCGCACUUGGCUAGCGUGGUGGGCUAUGGCUUAUCACUUCUCCUAAUUUUGAGAGGAGAAUUGUGCUUAGUAGUGACUUGACGUAUAAUUUAUUUUGACAUACGAACAAUUUUGUAAUACUUUAUUAUAAUAUAUAUGAAUAAUGAUUAAUUAAAACUGUUGUAAGUUUAAUUUAUCGAUAAAAACACAGACAUUAUAUUAGUUUAGUCAAUAA